AAGUCCCUAAUCUUUGAUCAUCUCAUUUCAUGAUGUUCGUCACGCCAGCGAUCUCAGCCUAUUUUUAAGCGUGAAUGUCGUAAUGGAGACCGACGGCAUGAAAACAAACCGUUGUAGCAGUAAUAGUUCCUUACAGUACGAAGUUCCCCAUGGCUACAGCAUUGAAGACGUUCGUCCCAACGGUGGCAUCGUCAAGUACCAAUCCGCUGCUUACUCCAAUUGCUUGAGGAAGCCAUCCUGAGAAUAAAAUAUCAGAGCAUAGUUCUACUAAUUUGCCUGUCAUUUUAAUUUCGCCUUAUUCUAUCUACAUAAAUAUUAUUUGAGAUUUCGAUCGUGCUACCAUGAUUGAGUGUGUCCCUCUGGACAUCAACGUCAACAAACCACCCUCUCCGAUUGGAUUUGAAGGGUUUGAGAAGCGCAUAGAGAUUUCAUUCAGCGAGCCACCAAUUUUCAAGGACCCAAAGGGACUAGGGCUUAGGGCACUGACUCGGUCUCAAAUCAACGCUAUUCUGGAAGCCGCAUGUUGCACCAUUGUGUCUCAUCUCUCGAAUUCCGAAUUGGACUCUUACGUGCUCUCUGAAUCAAGCCUCUUCGUUCAACCAUACAAAAUCGUGCUCAAAACUUGCGGCACCACAAGGCUUCUCCUAUCUAUUAAACCCAUUCUGGAACUCGCAGCCUCACUCUCGCUUUCUGUUUUCGCCGUCAAGUACUCGCGAGGGACAUUUAUUUUCCCGAAUGACCAGCAUGCUCCUCAUAACAGUUUCAUCGACGAAGUGUCGGUGCUAAAUUACCAUUUUGCCCAUCUCCACGCCGAGGCCUAUGUCAUGGGCGAUUCCACCUCUCCGAACGGCAGUUGGCACAUUUACUCGGCGUGCAUAGAGGGUGCCACGUCAGCGUUCAGGGGCUUGGGCACAGUGGAAAUGUGCAUGACGGGGUUGGAUCGUGACAAGGCGCGCGUGUUUUACAAGGAAUGGGGAAGGGGUAAAAUGACGGAAAUGUCCAGGGUUUGUGAGAUUAAUCCGAGUCACGUGAUAUGCGACUUUGAGUUUCAUCCGUGCGGGUACUCAAUGAACGGGAUAGAGGGUGGGGCGUUCUCAACGGUGCACGUGACACCGGAAGAUGGGUUCAGUUAUGCGAGCUAUGAAGCGGAGGGGUUGGAGUCGGAGUCGAUUGAUUUGGGAACAGUGGUGAGGAGGGUGGUGGAGUGUUUUGGUCCCGCUGAGUUCUCGGUUGCUGUCACGUGCAACGGAGGUGCUGAGGGGUGGGCCAUGUCGAAUGCUGACGUGGAGGGGUAUUGGUGCGAGAACGUGGUGAAGCAGGACUUGCCAGGGAAAAGGUGCAUUGUGUAUCUGACUUACUCGGCUAUGGGGAGAGGGGGCGCAAUGCGCACGCCCCAGAAAGCUAUCUUGUAGAUGGUGGAGGAGGUUGUGGUUUCUACGUGUGUCACAUCUGCUUAGCGUAUAGCUGCUCCAGCCAGCCAUCAACCUCUCCUUUGUAUCGCGUCCUUUUGUUCGAUGGUCCCUUUUGUGCUUUCUGCAGACUCCUCCUUAUAUCACAAUCAUUUUGUAAUAAUUAACCAUGAAA